UUUUUUUCCUUCUCGGCUUCUUCUCGCUGUAAAAAAAACAAAAACCAAUUCAAUCCAAUCCGAUCGUAUCGGCGGUGGUGGUUAACGGCGGAGCUUGUGGAUUCUGGCGAUUGUGCUGCCUCUGUGCGCGACAGCCGGAGUGCAGUGUGUUCUAAGAAUCGAGUUUUCAUUUAUUAUCGAUUUGUAGAGCGAAGCGGACGGUGAGGAAUGGCGUACAGGAGGAAGCUGGGGCUCACAAGGUCAGCCACAUUCCAUCCAGAGAUUCGCCGGCAUUCUUCCGAAGAUUUAGACAGCCCUUCCGAGACGUCGCCUUCGCUGGCAGCGAAGGCGAUCAGAGCCUCCGCCGCUCACCGUGAAUCCUCCCUCUCCUCCGCUUAUUCUCCUCGAUCAAAGGGUUCUCCCACCUAUGACUAUACCUCGAUGAAGGGUUCAGAUGACGUGGGCGGUUUCUGGGGUGUUCUAGUUAGGAAAGCUAAAGCUAUUCUUGAGGAUGAAACCAUGUCCCGGGAGAUUGAAGCCCCUAGUAUUAGUCCACCAAAGGCCAACCAGUCUUUUCAACAGCAUGACAGUUCCAAAAAAAUGGAGAAUCCUACUCUUCGGAAUGGCUUGGAUGCAUUCACAUCUUCCUUGAACAACUUUGGAAAUGCAUUGGAGGAAGGACGUAGUAUUGUCGAGAACAAAACUGCAGACAUCAUACAAGAAACACGCAAACUACAGAUCAGGAGAAAUGGAACUGGCCCCAGUGAGCAAAAUCAGGGCUCAAAAACACAACCCACUCAGUCUCAGAAGCAAACAAGUAACGAAGAUCAACUCACGGAAUCUCGCAAGAUGGCAGUGGCAACAGCUGCCAAAGCUAAGCUUCUUCUGCGAGAGCUGAAAACUCUUAAAUCAGAUCUGGCCUAUGCAAAAGAACGGUGUUCUCAGCUGGAGGAAGAAAAUAGAAUGCUUCGAGAGACUGGCCAAAAGGGAGACCAUCAUGAUGAUGAUGACAUGAUACGCCUCCAGCUUGAGACAUUACUAGCUGAGAAAUCUCGGCUGGCAAAUGAGAAUGAGGUGUAUGCUCGUGAGAAUCGUUUCUUGAGAGAGAUUCUUGAAUAUCACCAACUCACCAUGGAUUUUAUUGAUUUUGAUGAGGAUGACAUCGAAGAGGUCACAGAAGUUUACCCUCUUCCUGCAGUCUCAACGUUUCCCGUUCCCCUUCCUCAGCAAGUAACAAUGGAUGUUCCACAAACUGAAGUUCCACCUAGUCAUACAGUUCCUGGAGUGGAAGAUUCAACAAAAACUUGUUAGUGUCUGUGUUUUCCCUCUUUUUUUCUUCUUUCUUUCGUUGGAGAUCAGAGUAUUCGUGUGUAGUAUUAUUGCCUCUCCCUUUCUGGUCUUUGGUGGGAAGUAGGAUAGCAAACCAAAGGAGUUUGUGAGAGAUUUUUAUUUAUUUGUAUUUUUAUAAAUUGUAAUUAAUUGAUUAUUCAUUCUUGUAUGUAAUCAUUCGUACUAGAUUUUGUUU